CUGCAUAAUUAUGCAAUGAUGCAUUGUUGCCCCUCGAAAGAAAAGGAGUUCUUUGGGGCAUUUAUUCGAACACCUUCCAUCCCAAUUUCAGCAGUCCCCUCCAAUUUCAUAGAGGAGAGGCCGGAGAGAGGCAACAUGAGCUCUAGUUCUCCUGCCCCCUCAUCGCCGCAGCGGCAUCGUGGCGGUGGCGAUAAUAGUAACAACGGGAAGGAGGAGAGACCGAGAUUCUUUGACUCCAUGACCAAAAAACUGUGCUGGGCCAAAGCCGAGAUUGUCCCUGGAAGACACCCGGAGCGAUGGCGUAAAGAUGCCGCGGGCAACGUCGUCUGUAAGCGCUUCGGCAACUGUCAGGGAUGUCUCUGCUUUGAAUACGAUCACAUCAUCCCCUUCUCGAAAGGUGGUGAAUCGGUAGUUGAAAAUUGUCAGAUUCUUCAAACGAGGGUAAAUAGAACCAAGUCGGACAAGGAUCAUCUUGACAAGACACAGUUGCGUGGUUACUCUUGUGAUAUCAACUUCACUGAAAAGGAGUUGGACAUCAUUGAAAUGGCAGUUUAUGGCGAUGUAAUUCGUCCAGGGAAUCAAUGUCGUUGCAGAAGCAUCGAUGAAUUGCUUGGCAAGUACAAGCCUAAAGACCAUACACCUGUCUGUACCUUGCCUUGAGACAGUCAUCUUUUUUUAUUUUUUUAUUUUGUGGGUGGGUCCCAAUUUCAAAGUAACAAAAAAUGAGCUAAAGAUAUUCAUAAAUCCAUUCACUCGGAUCUUAUGGUAUGAUUAUUGUUGGUCUUUAUUGUAUAAGUUUUGUCUGCAAAUUUGUAUCACAGAUACACACUUUGUGCUUGAUAUUUUGCCUGAAUUCUCAAUUUCCAUAA